GCCGGACGUCGGUGGUGUAGGAGGGUCGUGCCCGUGGCUGGAGCGCGAGAGGCACUGCCCCGCGCUGAGCUCAGUCACGCUCGGCGAGCUGAGCUAGGAGUUGUGUGUGUCGAGACGGAGGCUGAGGGACUUGUUGAAGGACUUUUGUGUGGUUUGGACGGUAUUUGCGAGGGGCCUUUCUGCCGGAGUUGACUGAGCUGAGAGGCGUCGGAGUCGUUGCGUCGUCGGCGUGAUCUCGGUGAGUGUGCGUGGCUGGUGAGUGGAGAGCCUUACUAGACUACUGCGGUGGUUUUCUGAGUAGAGGACAGGCGGUCAGAAACCCGAACUGACCCAGCUCAGUUACAUCCGAGCCGGUCCCGAGCUGAACUUAGCUGAGCUAAGCUGAGCUAAGUUGAGCUGAGCUGAGCGAAACCAGAGAGAGCCACCAGUCUCACCGAUCUCGAGUCGCGCACGGACCAACUUGAACUGCACGGCUGAGCGGUCAGGCUGCCGCUGAGUGUACACCGGUCCAUCUGUCAGAUCCUGCAGUGGUCAGGAGGCUCACAGAGCCAGCUGAAGGUGCGGACCUACCUCCGAGUCAUCUGUGCUACAGUCAGAGCAGACAUGGGCUAGCCGGUGAUCUGCAUAGGACACUCAGCUCACUGUGAAAUCAGUGAAGGCCUAAGUAUCAGGACGAAGGAAAAGAAGCUGGCCAGCUUCGUGGACUGACCUGUGGUUUUCUGCUUCGAGACUGCUGGGAGGCUUCCGUCAAGAGGUCCACGGCAGGCCGGACGGGCCGCCAUCUCACCUCACCAUGCUUCCGAAGCUGAUGACCUCUCCAGCGCUGCUGGUGACCUUUCUCAUCUCCAUCGCGUCAGCCGAUCUGGACACCACAAGCCAGCUGACGCGAGUGACGGCCGUCGAGGGUGAGACAGCUGAGCUGCCCUGUGACGUCACACCUCCCGUCGCCGGCGACGAACUGCGAUUGGUUCUCUGGUACUAUGGAACCGGAGGAACGCCUAUAUACACAUACGACUCACGCAACCGGAACCAGAUUCUUGGCGAGCACUGGGUCGACUCCAGUCUGGACCGAAACCGAAUCCAGUUUCAGCCGGACGCUCGACCUGCCCACCUGCGUGUGACGGGUGUCCAGCGGGCCGACCAGCGCCUCUACCGGUGUCGGGUCGACUUCCUCCACUCCCCCACCAGAAACUCGCGGGUCAACCUCACCGUCAUCGUUCCUCCUGGUACACCGGUGGUCACAGAUGAUAAGGGGCAAGUGGUGGAGCGAGGUCAGAGUCGUCGCCAUCGAGAGGGCCAGAUGCUUCACCUCACCUGCCGCUCUUCGGGAGGCUCGCCGCUGCCGAACGUGACCUGGUGGCGUGGCAGCACCCUGGUGGACAGUAGCUGGGAGGAAGAGGGCAACGGCACGGUGGUGAACCAGCUGACCGCCGGGCCUCUCUCCCGAGACGACCUGGACGCCUCCUACACCUGCUGGGCGGCCAACCACAAACGGAGCCUGCCCAAGGCCACCAAAGUCGCCAUCGACAUGCUGCUGCGGCCUCUGACGGUCAACCUCCUGGGCACCAACAACCCGCUCUCGGCGGGGGUGACCUACCAGCUGACCUGUCAGAGCGUCGGCUCCCGACCGGCGGCCACCAUCACCUGGUGGAUGGGAGGCCAGAAGCUCCGACUCACCAACCAGACCAGCAGCCACGACGGCAACGUGACGACCUCUAAAGUGACCUUGACCCCGCGUAUCGAGGACAGCGGACAGCUGAUCCGCUGCCAGGCUAGCAACCCGCUGCUGAGAAACUCCAUCGAGGACCUGUGGAGAUUGAAGAUACGCUACGCGCCGCAGGUACAGCUCACAGUUCGGCCCUCACGACCUCACGACGUGGGUGUCCGCGAGGGUGACCAAGUCUCCAUGGAGUGCAGCGUGAAGGCCAACCCGCCACCCCUCCGAGUCGUCUGGAAACGCGACGGUCUGGCGCUCGUCAGCGACCCCCGUCGGAACAUCAACCUGGACAACAGUUCUCUGACGCUGUAUGACGUGACGCGGGCCGAGUCAGGCAACUACUCGUGUGAAGCUUUCAACGACGAGGGCACCGGCACCAGCGUCCAGAUGCCGCUCCGAGUACAAUACGCCCCUGCCUGUCAGCCGGACCACGUGACUCACUACCCGGUCUCCCGCGGCGAGACGGUCAAUAUCACGUGUCGUGUGACGUCAGAACCGGCCCCGUUUCGGUUCGUUUGGGCGUUCAACACCUCAACAGGUAGCAUGAUUGACAUCCCAGAGUCGAGCUGGUCGAGCGACGGUCACUGGAGUGUAUGUCGCUACACUCCGCGCACGCGGCUGGACUACGGCCAGCUGCUGUGCUGGGCGGAGAACGACCUGGCCAUGCAGAGUCGGCCGUGCGUCUUUAACAUCACGCCAGCAGAGCGUCCGGAGGGUCUGAGCAACUGUUCGGUCGUGAACAGCACAUCUCAGAGCCUGCAGGUCCACUGUGCGCCCGGCAAAGAUGGCGGUCUGCGGCAGACCUUCUCACUGGAGGUACAGGAUGCCGUCACGGAGGAACGAGUCACCGGCGUCAGCGACUCCGACCGGCCCAGCUUCUCUCUGACGGGACUGAAGCCGGGCUCUCGGUACCGCCUUACUGUGUUCGCGUCUAACGCCAAGGGCCGCUCGGAUCGGUACAUCUCCUACGCACAGACGCCGGAGGAAGUGGCGCAGGGGAUCACUGCUCCUGACACAGCCGACCCGGAGGAGCAGUCCGGGUUCCGGAUGACGCCCAUCCUGGGUAUCCUGAUCGGCAUCGUUGGCGUGCUCGUGCUCAGUGCCAUCGUCAUCGUGGUCGUCAUCCGCACGUGCACCGGCUCGCGGCGAAAGAAGAGUUGCCCGUCGGUAACUCAGCUCAACACCGGUCUGAGCGGCUCACAGAGCUUGGAUCUCAAGGAGAAACAGCAAAAUCCCGACAUCGUCCCUACCGAGUUCAUGGAUCCCGAGGAGAAGCACAUGAUCGAGCGCCUUAGUAACCCGACGCCUCGCACGCUGCGCUCGCAGUCGCGUGGAUACUCCAGCGGUUAUCACUCUCCGUGCAGCACCCUCGGCAGCCUAAAGAGCCAGCCGCAGUACACUCGCCGACCUCCGGAUGAUAUGCAACUACGGGGAGACGCGCAGUACACAUCCGUGCCAUGCCUGACGCAGAAACUGGCCAACUGCGGCCAGCCCGGCGCACUGCCGGCCAUGCCGGCGCACGAUGAAAUCUCGCCGUUUCUGCCCCACCUGGAGCACCGGGAGAGCUCGGUAUAAGUGAUGCCUGCCACCAGCAUGCUAGGAGGACUCUUCGGACAUGGAGACCUUUAUGAGCCGAACGUCCUGUUCCGCCAGCCAGGAGACGGUCAUCAAUAUGGCGGAGGCGCGCCUCUCGACUCAGUUCUGAAAAAGAGAACCGAGAGCACCACCACCCACCCCUGGCUCUCCUGGAGUUCAAACAAUAGACCCACUUCCGGAGGAACUCCAGCCGUUCGAGCACUCUUGACACAGCGCCCUUCCGCGGACCGAUCUGAACAGUCUGCGUGUCACGUGGCGAGCAUACGCGUAUUUAUUGCCUCUUCAGUGCGUCCAGAAGUGGCUCAACUCGCUGUAUUGUAAGAGCUUGUGGCAAGCUGUGCGCGGCCCCGAGAGGCAUUAUUCGAGCAAUUGACUUGGUGAAGAACCUAGUGCGCGGUUCAGAAACUGUGGUUCAGCUCCCUGGUUUAUCCGUGAUGGCAUUGCGGAGUUCAUUUCCGAACAGUUGGCUGAACAAACACAAAGAUCUCCGCUCUUACCGCAAAAGUAUCAAGCCUGCAGCGUCGUUCUGUGCCGUCUUUUUCCACUCUCUUCGGACACACGUUCUCACUAGUCACUCGGCCGGGCAGUGGUCGAUCGGCGAGCGAUCAAUUAUAAACUGAGCGCCUCUGUGUGGAGUCAGCACCUCUGAACUCAGCGGGAGCCGAACUAAAAGGUCCACGCGGACUUCGGGUGUAUCUCUCACCCGUCAAAAGAGGUGUCACGGGAGAGCGCGAGGAGGAACUGAAAACGACUGAGGUGGCAUUUCAGAAAGAAGGACCUUUAGGAGUGAUCGGACCCGCACCUCCCACUAGAGUGGGAAUUAUGGAAUAGUGACGGUGAUGGCUUCGAGAGAGUAGUCAAUGGCCGUUCCUCAAAGUGGUGAGGAUAGUGCUGAUGGCAUGGACCGCCUUUAUUGUGACUGGGUUUACUCCCCAGGUUCGUUUACUGUUCGACCGGACCAAUCGAGCUUCUAUAUCGUAACGUGCAAUGACCGUGAACCGGCGCGCAGCUGUGUUGCGCGCGGCAGCGGGCCAAGGAAAGCAAUCUCCCGCGCUAAUGUCUGCAGAUUACCUCUAUCUGCCCCGUAUUUGACCAGUACAAGCCGGAUACUGUUGUGUAUGCUGGGCGGACCAUGUCGCCCGAAAUCGCUGUGUAUGUGUAGCUACAGUGCAGUGUUUAUAUGGUAUCUUUGUUCGAUGUCGCCGUCUCGCGUGUGCGUGAGUUCCUGGGGCACCCGUGCCCGUGCCAAAGACCUCGGGUGGCCACGGGCCAUCGGGCGGGCAGUCCAACUCAGUGUGACCGACUCUGCGCAGGCCGGCCGGGGACUGAUAGAUGUGCAAACUGUGAUAACCGAUGUUGGCGCCGAGACAUUGAGCUGCCCCAUGUGCACGAUGUGUUUGUAAAUAAACUGAAUGUAUGUAUCUACUAGUCAGCACA